CUCCCUGCUGCGUCUUAGCAGCAUCGCUUCUCGGCCUUUUGGCUAAGAUCAAGUAUCUUGUCGGACGGUUGAGACUGCGAUCGCCUCUUGGAGGUUUCCUGACUCGAGAUCGUUUCAUAUCUUGAGUCACACAACUUCGAGAGGUAUAUUGAACUCUGCUGCUUCGGGCUCCAACAAGUUUUAAGGUACACAAAAAUGGAAGAGCUAUGGUCCGCAGGAGCCUCCAUAUGGAGCGGAUCAAAUUUUAACAAAAACGACGGAGUUGCGGUUUUAAUUAAUAAUCCUAACAUCUUGGUGAAGGGCAGCACUGUGGUGAGCCCCCCUCGGUGGUUCCUGGGGAAACUGGAGAGGGCGGUGUUUUACUUCCUGUGGGGGUCCAAGUGGGAGCGCCUGAAGAGGGAGACCAUCAAGAAAAGGCCGGAGAACGGUGGAAAAGGCCUCCCAGACCCCCACCUGUUUUUAGGCAGCCGCUUCACCGCCCUGCACAUUAGUUAUGCCACGACCCCAUCCAAAGAAAACAAGACGGCUGCAAUGGCGCGAUUUUGGAUGGGGUCUUACCUACGAACACUGAAAAUUUUACCAGUGGACUUGAAAACCCCAGUGUCUUUUAACUUGCCCAAAGAGUACAGUUUUAUAAAAAAGUUUUUAAAGAAAUACCUUUUAGAGAGUGAAGAUGUCACCAUUUUAACUCAACACAAGUCUCUCAUCUCUGUUCCGCUGCGUGCUGGUGGUGCCUCCACCAUGUCGGCUGCUCGUGCCGGCAUGCGGAGGCACCACAGCGUGCGUUUUAUAUUCAAGGAGGUCGAUGGAAAGCUUCUGGAUUUUGCACUGUUCGAGGCCAGCCAGUCAAGGUGCUAG